AUGGCUAGCGUCCUUUCGAUAUCAUUACUCUCUGAGGCCGAAUAUGGCUGCGAGCACCUGGCCACGCAACUGGGGCAGGAUGUGAGCACUGCAGAGCAGUUCAAGAACGCAUUCCUGAAAGCGCAUAAUUCAUUAGGCCAUUUCCCGCGGUCAAUGGAGUCAUCCACAAAGCAGAACGGUCGUCUCAAAGCCAAGGACUUUCUGAAACCGAAGUACACUUGCUUGACAUGCGGUGAAGCGAUGCCGAUGGGCGGCCGGAAAGCUCACACCGAGAAGACCAGCCAUCAGUUCUACAUGGAGUCGCGAGCCCGCACGGUGUAUUGCCAGGCUUGUGGUGAUUUCGUCUACGACCACGGCCUCGAACGACUUCGGUGCUCGACAACAGAAAGUGCUCUUCAAGUCGCCAAGAAGCGUCGCUUCAGCGAUAGCUCUGCGGACGAGCUUUAUAUUCGGAGCAAUGCCAGCAAGCGUCCUUGCGCCAAACAAGGCGUCAGGGGCUUGUUCAACCUGGGGCAAACCUGCUAUUUGAAUGUCAUUCUUCAGACCCUUCUGCACGACCCGAUACUCAACACGUACUUCCUCGGGAACGGUCAUCAACCCCACGACUGCACUGCCUCUGACUGCGUAGGAUGUGCAGUUGCUGAGGCUUUUGCGGAUUUUAACAGCAGCGACAAACCGGAGGGUUUCGCGGCUCUCAAUCUUCUUCUAGCAUCAUGGCGUGCAAGUUCUACUUUGGCAGGAUAUCAACAACAAGACGCACACGAGUAUUACCAGUUUCUCGUCGACAAGCUUCACCUUAGUACUGAGAACCACCGAGAAGGCCAUGAAAAGGGUUGUCCUUGCUUCUUUCACAAGACCUUCUACGGCAAGCUCCGAAGCAGCGUGACUUGCGACAAGUGUGGUAACGUCACACGAACGGAUGAUCCGAUGGUGGAUCUCAGUCUCGACGUUCAAGUGCAGGCGAAGAAACGCGCCAUGGGUGGCACAGGGGUUCCGUCGACGCCUACCCUGAGUGGAUGCCUCGAAAGCUACACAUCUCCAGAGAAACUGAUGGCAGGCGUGUAUAACUGCAGUCACUGCGGAGGAACGCCGCAGAAGGCGACCAAACAAUUGCGCAUCCGGAAGUUACCCGCCAUUCUGUGCAUGCAACUAAAGCGCUUCGAACACACCUUUUCCGUCUCGGAGAAGCUAGAAGGCAAAAUCGACUUCCCACUAUCGAUCAACAUGCUCCCAUAUACGACCAGCCCGCAGGCCAAAGUUGACAGGUCUAGAUUCGUAUAUGACCUCUCAUCAGCCGUAGUCCAUCAGGGCAAGCUCGAUGCGGGGCAUUACUACGUCUACUGCCGCCAGGGCGAUGAUUGGGUGCUCUUCAACGACGACAAAGUCACUGCCGUCACUGAGGCAGAAGUUCUCAACGCUGACGCUUACCUCUUAUUCUACAACCUUCGAUCACUGGCUUCCGCGCCACAAUAG